GCUGUAAUGUGUAGCAGCAGCCCACUGCCAUUUCCAACCAAAUUGUUUUGCAGCCUCACCUCCAAAAUCUAGAAGGCCAGAAUUACCACAGAUACAGGUAAGAUUGCCGCCUUUUAAUAAAAUUUCCACCGGCCGAUGGUGGGGAUGGUAACAAAAGGGCGGGCUGUGACAUAAAAGGGGCCAGGACGUGAUGUAAAAAGGGGCUAAGCCACAUCGCGCAAUGGCCAGAAGGAGGCAAAAAGGUAAGUUUUGAUUGGGGGCGGGCCAAGGGCUUUUGUUAGGGGUAUUACAAAUUUACCGGCAGCUACAUUGCUGGUAAAUUUGCAAUACCGGCCCUGGCUUUGGCAGCUGUUUUACCAGCCGGGUGGCAACCCUAGAUACAGUGUAAUCUUUCCUACAGCACACCUGUAGUUCACCAGUCCUGCAAAUGGUGGUGCGUUUUUUCCGUUGACCUGGCCGGGGCCCUUAGCAACGCAUACGUAUUGAAAAGGGAUCCGCACACAUCCUGAUGAAGGGAGUGUUCCCCCCCGAAAUGUUGAAUGUUUGGUGGCUAAAUAAAAGGGGAUACUCCCCGACCGCAUUAACCCCAGAUACAGGUCACACUGAGUGUAGGGUGAUAUUGGGACUUGGCCAGUAAUUAGGGUUGCCACCUACCCGGCCGCUAAAAAUUAAGAGUUUGGGGGCGUUUCUUGUCCUGUCAGCUGUUUGUUGCCCGGUGUUGCGUGCGAUUUGUGGAAUUGAAUGAAGCGGCUGGCUGUGGCUCGUGUGGACACACAGUGAAGCAGGUUUUUAAUUGAAGCACGUCUGUGGUGUUCGUGGUACAAGAUGAGUGGCGUAGCGCUGGGAAUUGAGAUCGUCUCUGUGUUUUUUCUGGCUCUUUUCCUUCUGCACCGAUAUGGAGACUUUAAAAAGCAGCACCGACUUGUAACCGUGGGCACACUUUUAGCCUGGUAUCUGUGUUUCCUUAUCGUCUUUAUUAUACCUCUGGAUGUUAGUACGACGAUAUACAAUCGAUGCGUUGCAAGACAUGCGAUCACUCCUGCACCCGGCAACAUAAGCGUUCUUAUCCCCACUCCCGGGAUUGUCUCAAAUGCCACAACUGAACACCAUCUUCCCAGCUCAGACAAACUACGGAGCAGUGACAAUUCACUAGAGGAAUGUUCCAAGCCAUGGAGCUACAUCCCCAGAGGUAUCAUGCCAAUCUUCUGGCGUGUUGUUUAUUGGACAUCCCAGUUUCUUACUUGGAUUCUCUUGCCCUUCAUGCAAUCCUACGCUCGCUCCGGAGGCUUUUCCAUUACAGGAAAGAUUAAAACAGCUCUGAUUGAAAAUGCAAUUUAUUAUGGCACCUACUUGUUAAUCUUUGGAACACUCUUAAUAUAUGUUGCUGUCAACCCUAAUUUACAUCUGGAAUGGUACCAACUGCAAACCAUUGGGAUAGCAGCAGCCAACACUUGGGGUCUGUUCCUCCUGGUUUUGUUGAUGGGAUACGGUUUGGUUGAAAUUCCUCGCUCCCAAUGGAAUGGAGCAAAGAAGGGCUACCUACUGAUGAAAACCUACUUCAAGGCAGCUAAGCUCAUGACAGAGAAGGCAGACGCAGAAGAGACAUUAGAGGAUUUUAUGGAGGAAGUUCACAAAAUCAACGAAUGUAUUAAAUACAACCAUCCUCUGCGCAAAUGUGUUGAUACCAUUUUAAAAAAGUGCCCAACUGAAUACCAGGAGAAGAUGGGGAGGAACAUGGACGAUUAUGAAGACUUCGAAGAGAAGAAUAUCAGUUAUCCUAGUGAGAAAACACUAGUGAAACUUCACAAGCAGGUGAUAUAUGCUGUUCAGAGACAUCGCCGGACACAAGUGCAGUGGAGCAAUCUCCUGGAACAAGCCUUUCACCUGGAGGAUGUGGCUAAGAAUGAAACAAGUGCAGCAAAACAGUUUGUCCACACCUUCCCCCACCAGGAGCCAGAAAGCUGGAUCAUGCGUCGUCUGUACACACCUAGGGUAGAAUGGUACUGGGAGUGCCUCCUGCGGCUUUGGUGUUCCAGAAUACUUGCUGUUAUUUUGGCUUUAUUCUCCAUGGUGGUUGUGUGGUCAGAGUGUACUUUCUUCAGUGCCAAGCCAGUCCUGUCUCUCUUCGCUGUGUUUAUACAACAAGCCGAACAAACACACAACUACAUUUAUGUUGAGGUGGUGUGCUUUCUUUCCAUAUUCUUCUUGAGCAUCUGUGUUUACUCAACAGUCUUCAGGAUCCGAGUGUUUAACUAUUAUUAUUUGGCAUCUCACCACCAAACUGAUGCCUACAGCCUUCUGUUCAGUGGCAUGCUGUUUUGUCGUUUGACUCCUCCAUUAUGUCUAAACUUCUUGGGACUGACUCACAUGGAUGUAUCAAUCUCUCACCAGAAUAUUGAGCCAACUGCAUACACAUCUAUAAUGGGAUCUUUAAGAGUUUUCCCUCUUAUUGCCGACGUAUUUUAUAUAUACUACCCCAUGUUGGUUCUGAUUCUGUGCAUUGCAACAUACUUCAGUCUGGGAACUCGUUGUUUGAACUUGCUCGGGUUUCAGCAGUUCAUGGGUGACAAUGACAUGACUUCAGACCUAACUGAUGAAGGAAAGGAGUUAAUUAGAAGAGAGAAAAGGAAGCGUCAGAGACUAGAAGAUGGUGAAUCACGCAGGAGGGAGUGGAAAGAGCGAUAUCCUACUAAUAGAGAAGACACCAGCCGGAACCGAAAUGUGAAUUCAGACCAGAAAGAGCCAGCUUACACUGAAAUGACCACAAACAGAUCAUCCAGAUAUACUCGAGCAAGCAACAGAACUGAAAGAGAUCGAAUAGAACUGCUGCAGGAUGCAGAACCAUUGGAUUUCAAUGCUGAUAACUUUAGUGAUGAUCCGCUUGAUUCAGAAUCUUUAAGGUACCAGCCCGGUGGACGUUAUUUAUCCAUGUCUCAAUCGAACUGCAGAAUCUUUGAUGAUGUAUAAAGCGGAAGCACAUGGACUAGAAUAUACCCUUUUCAAACAUGGGACAUCUCCAAAUCCUUCACGGAUGUCCAGGAUCGUAUUAAAGCAUGGUGUUCAAUUAUCUUUUGGAAGGCAGAAUUGCUGUUCCUUCCUUGUAAAGUGGCCGACGAGAUCUUCGUUUACAACUCGCUUUGCACAUACGGUGGUUUUGCCACAAACACAGAGGUGGUAGGUAGUGGGCCGAGUGUAACAUGUUCCACACGUAGACGUCAAUUCCCACCACAACUACUGCAAUCUAAAAUAUCAUGCUGACAAUAAGCAGAAACACGUUGCCCAAUAUGAACACUAGGAUUGUGUAACACUAUUGCCGAAGGGAAAUGAAAGUGUUGAAAAUGAACUAAGUUGUUGAAUACUUAUUUAGGAAGAGAUGCUGCUCCUUUAUUUAUAUUUAGUAAUGCGCGAAUUUAUUCGCCAGCCAUGGAUUCGUGGCGAAAUUCCGAAUUUUAAUUAGAAAAAUAUCAAAAAAAAUAUCAACGGCACACAGGCUGCUGCAAGCAAGGAUCCCCUUGCACGUUUAUUGCGGAAGUGAGCCAUGUGCAAAUUUUAUCAGGAAGCUGCGUCAAAAUUUCACCACGAAAAAACACCCAAUGACUUUAAUGUAUUAGGACAAAAAAGUCGCCAUAAGAAAAAACGCCCAUUGAUUUUAAUGCAUUAGGACAAAAAAGUCGCCAUAAGAA